AAACUAACGCACAGUUCGGUUACAAAGCCUGCAAUCAUUGCAUUUUUUACUCACCUUUAUAUCUAAAUUUCUGAUAACUUGUUGAGAUCAUAUCAUGGCUGGUGCACUUGUUGGUGGAGCUUUUCUUUCUGGCUUCAUUAACGUUGUCUUUGACCGGUUCCUUACAACUGAUGCUGUCAACUUGGUCUUGGGCAAGAAACUUGGCCCUGACUUGGUUCAAAGGCUGAAGACUGCUCUGUUGGGUGCUGAAGCUCUUGUUGCCGACGCUGAGUUGAAGCAGUUCGGUAAUCCAUCUGUGAGGAAGUGGCUCGAUAGUCUCCGGGAUGCUGUUUACUGUGCUGAGGACUUGCUCGACACUGUCCUCACCAAAUCCCCCACUCAAAAGGAGGUACGUCCUUUCCUCAACACCAUUAACUUUUUCAUCAACCGAGAUAGGGAGAUGGUAGAUAAUAUGGAAAGGGUGGUUAGAAGAAUAGAGGAUCUUGGAAAACAAAAAGAUAACCUUGGUCUUGAAAAGAUUCCCACUGGUAGCUCAUCAUGGAGGAUUCCGUCCAGUUCUCUUGUAAGAGGGAAGGUAUAUGGAAGGGAGGAUGACAAGAAGGCCUUAAUCAAGAUGCUGAAUGACAACAGUGAGCAUAACUUAUCUGUGAUCGCUAUUGUUGGCAUAGGUGGGGUUGGUAAAACAACAUUAGCCCAAUCAGUAUACAACAAUGAGGAGGAAUUCAUGAAGGGAUUUGAUCUAAGAGCAUGGGUUUGUAUUUCAGAAAAUUUUGAUAUUGCUGAGACUACAAAGAAUGUUUUAAAGGAGAUUUCUCCGCAUACUCAGUGUCUUGACCAUUUCAAUUCACUUCACCAUGCUUUGAAAGAAAAAUUGUUGAAUAAGAAGUUCUUUAUUGUUCUGGAUGAUGUUUGGAGUGAUGAUGGUGACAGAUGGAUCAAUUUUUUGACCCCUUUCCAAUAUGGGAAGAAAGGAAGUAUUGUUCUUCUGACUACUCGUGGGAAAAAUGUUGCUUUAGCAGUUCAGAAUUGUCACCCUUAUUUUCUCAGAGGGUUGUCGGAAGACUAUUGUUGGUCAGUGUUUGCAGACAAUGCAUCAUUUCCACAAUCUAAUGGAAAUGCAGCACUUGAAGGAAUUGGUAGAGAGAUUGUCAAGAUGUGUGGUGGCAUGCCAUUAGCUGCAGAAACACUUGGACGAUUGUUACGUACAAAGCAUGAUGUUGAGGAAUGGAACAAGAUACUAAUGAGUGAUAUUUGGGAAUUUUCUGUGGAGAAGAGUAAGAUUAUUCCAGCAUUGCUGAUAAGUUACUUCCAUCUUCCUCCACAUUUAAAGCGUUGUUUUGUUUAUUGUGCUUUAUAUCCCAAGGAUUAUAAAUUUAAAAAGGACGAACUAAUCCUUUUGUGGAUGGCAGAAGAUCUUUUACCACCACCAAAGAGAGGAGAGAGUUUAGAAGAAGUUGGUUGUGAGUGUUUUGAUGAACUAACUUCCAGAUUAUUUUUCACAAAGCUUCAAAUUGCUCAUGAUUAUUUUGUGAUGCACGAUCUCUUGCAUGAUUUAGCAAUAUUCCUUGCUGGGGAUUUCUAUUGCAACUCAGAAGAACUUGGUAAAGAGGAGGAGAUAAGGAUGCAGACUCGGCAUUUAUGUGUAAAUUUAAAUCAUCGUAGCUCGAAACUUCUUAAUUUGAUUUCUAAAGUAGAAUCUUUGAGGACAUUAUUAUUGUUUGGCGAUCUCUCAUCUCCUAACUGCAACAUUGAAGAGGCAACAUGUGACAUAUUACCGAAGUGUAAAUACUUGAGAGUUUUAUCCUUUGAUAAACUUGAUGUGUUGCCUAAUUCAAUAGGAGAAUUGAUUCAUUUGCGCUACUUGGAUCUCUCUUAUACAAAUAUAAAGACAUUGCCGGAGUCUUUGUGCAACUUGUAUAAUUUGCAAACACUGAAGUUGUAUUAUUGUUCUAAGCUAACUCCGAUGCCUAGUGGUUUGCAAAAUCUUGUGAGUUUGCGGCAUCUUGAUAUUAGAGAAACUUCUUUGGAAGAAAUGCCCAGAAAAAUGAGCAAUUUGAAUCAUUUACACAUUUUAAGUUAUUUUGUCGUGGGCAAGCACGAAGACAAUGGAAUCCAACAGUUAGGAGGGCUUGUAAAUCUUCAUGGAUCACUUGAGAUUAAGAAGUUGGAGAAUGUUGUCGAUGUAAAAGAAGCAAGGAGUGCAAGGAUAAUAGAUAAGAAGCAAAUUGAUAGCUUGUUGUUGGAGUGGUGCUCAGGUGAUGCUAUGGUUUCAAACACACAAAUUGAAAGAGAUAUACUCAACAACUUGCAACCACACAAUGGCUUCAGAGAGUUGACAAUUGAUGGAUACAGAGGAACAAUAUUUUCAAAUUGGGUUGGGCAUUCCUCUUACCAAAACAUGACACGUGUGUCUCUGAUGUGUUGCAAGAAUUGCUGCAUGCUGCCUUCACUUGGACAACUGUCAUCUCUUAAGUCCCUGCUAAUUGAAGGUUUCGAUCAGCUUAGGAGUAUUGGCAAUGAGUUUUACAAGAAUGAAGAAGAUCAUCAUUCUUCGCAUAUUCCACCGUUUCCUUCACUGCAGAGUUUGGAAUUUUUUGAUAUGGCAUGUUGGGAGGAGUGGAACUUACCUGACUCAGAAGCUUUUCCUCAGCUUAAGAUCCUUCGAAUAUCAGAGUGUCCUAUGUUGAAGGAAGAGAUACUUCAUGAGGUAUUCUUGAGAAUCAUUUCUUCUUUGUCGGAUGUUUCCAAAGUUCGCGAAUUACGUAUAGACGACUAUUUUAUAGGAGAAGGCAUUGGGGACAUGUUUCUUGGUGGGGAUACUUUAACAAUAAGGGGAUGUGAAUCUGUGAAGGAGUCUGCAUUUAAGGCAAUGAUCAGCACCAACCAUCUAAGUUGCCUCCAAGAAAUACACAUCGCAGGGUAUUCCUCUUAUGUAUUCUUACCGGGCAAUUGUUUUCCCAAAUAUUUGCAAAAGCUGCAAAUCUGGAGGUGUAGAAAACUAGAAUUCCCCGAGCAACAGCAGCAGAAGUAUGAUUUGGUAGAGCUACUAAUAGAAGAGAGUUGUGAUUCACUGGCCUCCUUGUCGUUGGAUGUCUUUCCCAAUCUCAAGAAUCUCGAGAUAAGAGGGUGUAGGAAUCUGGAAUCAUUCUCAAUGUCAGAGCCACCACAUGCUGCUCUUCAACAUCUCACCAUCGAGUACUGCAACAAAUUAGUGUCAUUUGCAGGAGAAGGACUGGCUGCACCCAACUUGACUCAUCUCGAGCUCAGAUACUGCAACAUUUUAGAGGCAUUACCACAUGACAUGAAUAGUCUACUCCCAAGUUUACAGUCUCUCGACAUAUAUGGUUUCUCAGACACUUGGAGGUUGCCAGAGGGUGGUUUACCGCCUAACUUGAAAUCACUUGCUGUGGGAAUUUGCGAGCAACAAAUGAGGGAUCUAUCAUGGAUGGGUAACUUGGACGCCCUCACUCAUCUUAAAAUUUCAGGUUAUAAGUGCGAGAACAUAAAGUCAUACCCAGAGGUGGGUUCGUUGCCUCACCUUCCCUCCCUUACCACUCUUGAGAUAUGGUUGUUCAAUAAUCUGGAGACAUUGGAGUGCAACGGGCUUCUCCACCUCGCCUCCCUCCAACAACUACACAUUUAUUGCUGUCCAAAUCUGGAGAAUAUGGAAGGAGAAAAGUUGCCUCCCUCUCUCUUGCUACUUCAAAUUUAUAGCUGUGAUUUGCUGGGAGAACACUGCAGGAACAAGCAUCAACUAAUCUGGCCCAAAAUUUCCCACAUCCCCACCAUUCAAGUCGAACAGUUUCUCAAUAGAGAUUUCUGAGUAGUGAUAUAUCAGUGCCUAGCAUGCUAUCUAAAUUUUGGUAACAUAUUGUAACAUACCUAUCCUUAACAUCAGCAAGAACUAAAAGAGUAAGUUGGGAUUUAUGCUUGCAACUGGUUGCUAGAUUUGUAACUCUUUUAAAUAGAUGAAGAGUUAUUUUCAUAUUAUUAUAAACUCAUCUAAUGCCUUGUAUAAUU